CCCAAGCCGCUUUGCCAGUCUCCUUCUCUCUCGAUAUCCUCGCCGCCGGCGGCGGAACAACAGUAGUUUUUGCAGUCGCCGGUCGCCUACCUACACGUUCGUAAGAGGGAAUGGGAAAUAAACGGAAAGAUCGUGAAGUCCAAUCUGACGAUGAUGAUGCAGCGAAAACGCGUAGUAAGAGAACGGAUAUUGGUGAAUCGGGUGGAAAGCCGAAGUUGCUUCCAUCAAUGAUAAAAAACAAAGAGAAAAGAUCGGCUGUAUACGCCAAAAUAAAGCAUGAGAAGAAAGUAGAGAAGCGAAAGAAUGCUAAGGCUCGUGAAGCUUUGGAGAGCAGAGCUCUUGAACUUGGAGAGGAGCUUCCACCAAAGAAGGUUCCCCGUACAAUUGAGAAUACUAGAGAGGCUGAUGAAACUGUAUGCAAGCCUGAUGAUGAAGAGCUUUUUGCUGGUAAUGAUGCUGAUGAAUUUAGCUCAAUUUUGAACCGUGAACAACCUCCAAAAAUACUGAUCACAACUUGUCGAUUCCAUUCCACAAGGGGACCUGCAUUGAUCAAGGAUUUAAUCGCUGUGAUCCCCAAUGCAGAGUACUAUAAGAGAGGAACCUAUGACUUGAAGAAGAUUGUGGAAUAUGCAAACAACAAAGAAUUUACAUCUGUUAUUGUUGUCCACACCAGCCGUAGAGAACCAGAUGCACUCCUGAUUAUUGGAUUGCCUAAUGGACCUACAGCACAUUUCAAGCUGUCAAAUCUUGUCUUGCGCAAGGAUAUUAAGAAUCAUGGAAACCCAACCAGUCACAAACCUGAGCUAGUGAUGAACAACUUCACCACCCGUCUGGGUCAUCGUGUUGGAAGGUUAAUACAGUCACUUUUUCCACAAGAUCCUGAAUUUCGUGGUCGAAGAGUUGUCACUUUUCAUAAUCAGCGAGAUUUUAUAUUCUUCCGUCAUCAUCGGUACAUUUUUGAAACUCGAGAAAACAAACAGCACGAUGCAAAAGAAAAGAACAAGGAUACUGGGGAUGAGAAGAAGACCCCAAAAGGGAAAGUAAUUGCUCGACUGCAGGAAUGUGGGCCCCGUUUUACCCUAAAAUUAACAAGUCUACAACAUGGAACAUUUGAUACAAAAGGAGGGGAGUAUGAAUGGGUUCACAAGCCGGAAAUGGACACUAGCAGAAGAAGGUUUUUCCUGUGAGGUGGUAUUGAAACUGCAGUCAUUGGGCUUCCUUUCGUCACAAUUUUGUUUGCAGCCGUAGCGAUAGAAAUCGGUCUUAUGACUCUUUGAAGUUGUGUUAGUUUCUUGUGAAUCAAUUUACUUUGCAUAAAUCGGGUUUGUGUAGAUGCAAUUUUGCUGCCAUAGAUGCGCUAAAAAAUCAGUUAAACGGGAUGGUCUUUGACCUGAAAAUCAUCAAAUUUGAUCAAUUGGAUGUUAAUCGAGUUGAAUUCGAAA